AUGUCGAAAGAGUUGCGGAAUCUCCAGUUCGACAACCCCGGCUCGAGCGCCAUCAUGCCCGACUUGGCGACGGUGGCGCCAUCCGCCCGUCGCAUCUAUCACGAUCAACAAGGCCGCCUGGUCGUCGACGAGGAGCGGUACACGAUUUGUGACUGUUUGCGCGCCGAGUGUCCAGGUUGCUACUUCCCGUGCGACAAAUGUGGUAGUGGCUACUGUUCGUCGGCGUGUCAGCGCAACAGAUCGUGGUACAUCUCCAAGAAGGGCGACACCAGCGCCAACCCGACGUGGACCCGCAACCCCGUGCUCGAGAUGAGGCAU